UAACAUUCUUUACGCACAUUAUCCGUUGGAGAAAUUUUACAAUGCUAUAUAGUAUUGGUGCUAUAGGAUUUUGCCUUUAUGGUACAACUUAAAAUUGUACAUUUACGUUAUGGUACAACUUCAGAUUGUACCUAUACUUUUUGUACAAAUUCUUUUAUGGUACAACUUGAACUUGUACUUUUAUGUGAUGGUACAACUUUAAGUUGUAAAGUUGUACCAUAACAUAAUGGUACAAAUUGUUUUAUGGUACAACCUAAACUUAUACAUUUAAUGUUAUGGUACAACUUUAAGUUGUACAUUAAAGCACCAAUACUAUAUAGCAUAGUAGAAGUGCUCUAUCCGUUGCUAGCAUACAAUUAAUCUAAUCUCUUACACAUUCAUACGGAUAUAUAUAUGGAGUUCUACGAUAUCUAAGAUGAAAUCCGGAGUACCGCAUACCUUGAAUAUGAAAACGCUAUAUAUACCUUGAAUUGAUUGAACUUCCCGGGCAUGAUAUUAUACUCUAACCCUUAUAGUUCACAAUCUAUGCCUUAAUUCUCUAAAUCUUAUACCCCCAAGAUCAAUUUAAUUGGAAACAAUAAUAAUCGACGGUUAUGAUUCGCCCAAAUAUAGACAAAAAAAUGAAUGCGCCAUCUUAGGGUUUAUAGUUUAUGAUUUAGAUAACUAAGACCUAGGGUUCAUCCAUUAAAAGUUAGGGUAUAGUAUCAGGUCCUUAAAUUCUAUUAAUUCGAAAUCUAGAUAGAGUUUUAAUGCUGAAGUUACACUCAACUUAUACCAAAUUCAUACACAUAAUCUGCCCCUCCGUAUAUACGUGUUCGUCUCAUUAUUUAUGUAUAUUCAACCUCGUAUAUAAUCUAUUAGAGAGAAUCCAAUAACAUGUUUAGAUGAAUAAUGAAUUGCCAUAACUUACAAUAUAUUUUGGUGGGGUUGUAUUCAACCCUAUAUAUGUAUAUUUUACGAAAUAGUAAUCAUCUUCAAAUGUGGGGGAGAUCGACUGAUUGAUCCAUAAAUAACAAGAUAGAUAGAUACAUGGUACUUUUCGUUAGCAAGGACUAUUUGCAUUGAUGAAAACAGCCGCCGAACCACCAUGGACAGAUCUCUAGCUAGCUAAUUGGCACCAAACCUACCUGAAGGAUGGAGGAACAGAUUUGUCAACGCAGCCCAAGUUCCAUUAUUCAACUGCUGGGUUGCUACGUUUCUAGAAAUCGUCACUAUCGAUCGAUCUCUUCGUAUUAAUAUAUUAGGUCAAACGUACGUGAUUAAGGUUAGGUUUUUGGUCUUAAUCGUUUCCUAUAAAUAGAAUCAUAUACAACGCACGCAGUUUGGUAUCCAACUUUCAUCCCAAUAGCUAGAUAUAUACCACCAUCUUACUGCUGCUAGCUAUUACACAUUACGUACCACAAACACGUAGAGAGAGAGAGAGAGAGAGAGAGAGCUAGAUGGGUUCUUCCAAGCUCGGGAGCUCACUUCUGGUCCCUAGUGUUCAGGAGUUGGCCAAAUCCAACAACGCUCGAGCCGCUGUUCCUCCAAGAUACAUAAGGGAAAGGGAGGAGCUCGUGACGAGAUCUGUGGUUGAUGAAAAUGGCGGAUCGGUUGUUAUUGGUGACGAUGAGGUGCCUGUGAUUGAUAUGGAGAAGCUGCUUUCGCCUGAUUCCAUGGCUUCUGAGCUCUCCAAGCUCCAUUUCGCUUCCACCCACUGGGGUUUCUUCCAGUUGAUCAACCAUGGAGUCAGCAGUGCCCUUCUGGAGAAAGUGAAGGCAGAGGUGGAGCAGUUCUUCAACCUCACCAUGGAAGAGAAGCAAAAGUUCUGGCAGAGAGAAGGAGAAGUAGAAGGGUUCGGCCAAGCAUUCGUGGUGUCCGAUGAACAGAAGCUGGAUUGGGCUGACCUCUUCUUCCUCGUCACUCAGCCGCCAAGUGAGAGGAAACCCCACUUGUUCCCAAACCUUCCCCUGCCUCUAAGGGACACGUUGGAGGCUUAUUCAGUGGGGCUGAAGAAAACAGCAACGGAGAUCUUGGUCCAUAUGGCCAGCGCACUAAAAAUGGAAGAGAAGGAAAUGAGGGAGCUUUUCGAAGAUGGACACCAAUCCAUGAGAAUGAACUAUUAUCCACCAUGCCCUCAGCCCAAUCAAGUCAUUGGGCUCACUCCACACUCCGACGCCACGGGCCUGACCAUCCUUCUCCAGCUCAACCAAGUUGAAGGCCUCCAAAUCAGGAAAAAUGGCAAUUGGGUUUCCGUCAAGCCCCUCCCCGACGCCUUUGUCAUCAACAUUGGAGACAUUGUUGAGAUUGUAACGAACGGGGCUUAUAGAAGCAUUGAGCAUCGAGCAACUGUGAAUUCAGAGAAAGAAAGGCUCUCCAUCGCCACAUUUUAUGGGCCAAGCUAUGAGAAAGAGAUAGGCCCUGCCAAAAGCUUGGUGACUGAUGAGAAUCCACCACAAUUCAAGAAAAUACUAGUGGAAGAUUUCUUCAAAGGCGUCUUUGCCAGGGAGCUCAAUGGGAAAUCCUACAUUCAUUCUUUGAGGAUUUAGACAUAUACAACAUUGUAUGUAUGUGAACGAUAUGAUCAUGGGGAGUUGAGUUGGAGGGCUAAAUGAACAAGUAUAUACGUUAUUUGUUAUGGAUAUACAUAUCGAGUUGUCACUCAUAUCAAUAAAUUAAACUGCUUUGUACGAUCAUUCAUAUUCUCUCUUUCGUUUAGAGGUACAAAGUUGGUCUUUCAUCAUUGUCCAGCAGCAUAUCACUGAUUCGAGUGUAAGAGCGUGUGACCAUUUCA